CUCUCCAUCAGAGCCAGGUGCAUUGCUCAGUUAAGCUAUCUCUCCCCUCAAAGACUGUUUGCUCAGGUUCCCAGCGCUUAGAGCCUGAACGUUUUUUUGUUUUUUUUGAAGGAAAGGAGAGGGCGCACGGGGCUUUUACGCAUGGAAGUUGGAAUCAGCCUUCCUGAAUUUACGCAUGGCUGUGUCUCGUCGUCUUAGAAGAUGCGUCUGGGCGCAUGAGAGCUUGUUAAGGCGUCAAGAGGGACGUAAAAAGUAAGCAAUGAUGCGGGUGAAUGAGCUGCUGCUCGGCUACUUUUUGGUCAAAGGUAUGAUGUGCGACGCGGAGGGUGAGCAGGGUCGGAGCGUCGACGACUUCAUGUUUGUGACCGGAUUUAACGACUCAAAGGAGGUGGAGAGCGCAGUCACGGAGAGCAUGCACAUGGAGGACAAGUGCCGUGGCUACUACGACGUGAUGGGCCAGUGGGACCCGCCGUUCGUGUGCAGGACGGGCAGCUACCUGUACUGCUGCGGCACCUGUGGCUUCAGGUUUUGCUGCGCGUUCAGAAGCUCCCGCCUGGACCAGACCAACUGUAAGAACUACGAUACCCCGCCGUGGAUGAUGACAGGGAGACCACCGCCGAAAGUGGACCCGGCACUGGAGAAUGCGAAGGAUAAAACCAACCUCAUUGUGUAUGUGAUAUGCGGGGUUGUGGCCAUAGUUGCACUGAUUGGAAUUUUCACCAAGCUCGGUUUGGAAAAGACGCACCGUCCACAGCAAGAUGAUAUGUCAAGAGCUCUUGCACACGUUAUCCGCCAUCCUGCCUCAGAUCAUUCGGACGACAUUGGACUUGGCCAGCACUACGAGAACAUACAGACCAGAGUCACCGUCAACAGCCUCCAUAACAACCAGAUGAACAACCUGGUUCAAGCAUCGACUUUGAUAGCGCAGCCUUACCCGCCUGUGGGAUCGAUCACCAGCCCGUACGAACAACUGAAGCCUGUCAAGGACCUCAACAAAUACGCAACACUCAAGGCUGUAGCAGAGAAAGCGAAUGACGGCUUCUAUAGCAACCGGCGGACAAUGAUAGAGAUGACGAGCAAAACCAGUCUCCCCAUGGAACCUAUGGAUUUGGAUCCAACACCGAGCAACCCUUACAGCCCGCCCAGACAGCUGUCUGGAAAGCAGAAUGGCAACAAGUACAAAAGCCCGAGGAGCCGCAGUGCCCAGUCGCUAUGCUAUAGCUCCAGCACGGCUGUUAGCCCAGGAGGGCUGAGAUCCUGGGAAAACACACUGGGACUCAGACAGAGCUAUGGCCAAAAGAAACUGUGCAUCAUAGAGAAGGAGCUGCACACCACUCGCUACAUGCCUCCACAACCAUACUUUGUCACCAACAGCAAGACAGAAGUGACAGUAUGAGGGACGGUCCAAACACCAGGAAUAAAAAGUAACCUGCAUUUAAGUAAGACUGAAGCUGCUGACUGUGGGUGGUGUUGGUAGAAAUCAGCAUGGACUGCAGGAUAUUCAUUUUAAAGGGCAGUAUUUAAGAUGCCACCUAAAGGCUCUGUAUAAAAGCUCUGUAUAAAUCACUGUGCCACAGGAGGGUACAGUGCUGACUAUGUUUUCAUUAGUAUUCAUAUAAGCACACAGCGAAAACAAAACAAAGAAGUUAUGUUACUCAAAUAUAGCAGAAGACUUUUGUGAUACAGUACUGUAGGCAGUAUCUACUAAAUCAUCGUCGUACCUUUAAACUGAAGGUCACAUAUUAUUCUCCUUUUCAACAAGUUUAAAUAAGUCUCCGAGACGUCCCUGAAACAUGUCUGUGAAGUUUCUUGCUAAAAAUCCACAGUGGAAAGGCGAACUCAGAGGGGCCAAAAAGACACCUAGCUGUGAGAGUGUCACCCAUGUGGGGGAGGGGUUACUGCCCUUUGUGAUGUCACAAAGGGAAAAUCACCAAACGGCUUGUUUAAUGCACACAUUUACUUGAAUGUGGAGCAGGCAAAAGAAGGACAGAUGGACUUUUUCAUAAUCGGGGGGUUUGUAGACAGGCUAGGGACACAUUGAUUGAAAAACAUAUUAAAGUGUAUUUUGCAUAAUAUGUGACCUUUAAAGUAUACCAUUUCUAUUAAAAAAAAUACUGUUUUAUGAUAAAAUCUCUUAUUUAUCUACAGCAAUUAAUCAUGGUUGAGCAGUUUAUGGUUUCCUGGCAAAUGAUUGAGUGAUUGCAGUUUUAAAGAUACAGUUUAAAUGUUUAUGGCACAGAGUUUUAAGAGUUCACAGAUGAUACAUUUGAGAUAAUUACCUAAAGAAAUUAACUAGCCUAAUGCUAUCCAACUCUUUUGUACAAUAAUUUAAAGAUCUUACAGUAUGAAUAAAUCACUCAAGUAAUAAAACAAAAACACUAUUACUGCGGAAAUAAACUUUUGCAAGGUUCGUUUCCAAAAUACUUGUUUUUUAAUUUAUAGAGAAGUCAGUACGGAUGUGUUACUAUUAACCUAUACAACUCGAAGUUUAUGGAUUUAGUGUCACUUGUAAAAAGUGGUAGAAGUCCUAAAUGCAUAUACACUGAGUCAGUGGACUCACUGAUGCAUAUAUUUCUAUGGUUACAGUACUAGGAGAUGUAGCUGCAGAGUGUUGAACCAGUGUUGUAUCGGUGUAAUAGUGCCUCUCAUCAUUACCAGCAUGUGUGUGAUUAUCCUAGAAUAGGCAGUAGAGGAAGCCCCAGUAUUAGGGGGGGGGGGGCUUGUCUUAUUCUUAGUAAUCCAUUACGCCCCCAACUAAAGUCAUUGUAAGAGUAAGCACGGUGGCUUGGAGUUUGCACAUUAUUUGAAAUGCUGAGUUAUAAAUAAAAAUGAUUCAAAGUAACUGCAAUGACUUUGAUUUUAAUGAAUCUCUCUUAAUACAGAAUAGAUCUCUGAUGGUGGCAUAUAUGGCUCAUUGAGUAAUUGCCUUGUAAUUUCAUUAUCAUGAAAUGGGUCGGUUGCCAAAUUCCUGCAAAAAGAACACAAGUGUGUUUUUUUUAAACAUGGCAGUGUAUGAUCUGCUGGAGAGGAACACAGCCGACUGCCACUUCGUCUUAAAUGUAUGUGGAAACAGGUACUGUUUUCCUCUGAUUAGCAAGCAUUGCAGCUAAUAAUAACCCAAACACCAGAGGUAAACAAACAAAAAUAACCUGCAUUUACUUCUUACAGCCAUCUUUAAGAUUGUCACUUUGAUUCCAAUUCUCUAAGCUACUGACCACAUCUGGUUUGGACGGUGUGGAAACAGCGGUUUUGUAGCAGUCCUAGCUGGAUGUAAAUGAUGUAAAGGAAUUCAUGUUUUUUUUUUCUUCUGUUUAUACUACAGAAAACUGGGUUAAGGCAAAUGAACAGCUGAAUGACCCUGGCAGCUUACUACAUUAAAAUAACAUAUUGUUGUAGUAUAUUUCAUGUCACCUUAAGAACCAGAUUAGAACAUUUCUGGAACAAAACACUUGAAUUCAUGUCUUACUGGUCAACAUGAUUUGAAUAAACAAGGUUAACUGGUGUGGUUGAUGAUUGGUUACACUGGUUUCCAAGCCAAGCAAUAUAAUGACAAAGAUAUAAAAAGAAGCUAACGCCUUUCUGCAAGUCUUACCCAUGCAAUUGACAACUACAAGGCUGCACUCGCAAGUGUGAAGUGGGAACUGCAAGAAUGAAGGUGUAUUUAUGUUUUCUCAAAUCCAAAUAUAUUGUUAGGCUGUUAAUGUUCUUACAAACUGUUUUUCAAUAUAUGAAUAUUUAAUGCACUGAACUGUCCAUUUACAUUGUUAACCAACUGUUCCAGUGUUCAACCAUUAUAUGAAAAUCUGUAAUCACUUUUAAAACUAUAACUUUUAUAUGCAAACAGUAUUUUAUGGUGACUACCAUUGAAUGUGAAUAUUUUGUGAAUGCACCCCCCCUCAAAUAUACUGAAAUGUAUUGCAGUACACCAUAUUUACACAUCAAGAUCUGCUUUAGUGCCGCAAAUAAAAUGACAUAUGAAUAAUAUUUUUGCUUUUUGACAUCAGAAAGUGAAGUGAAAAGGAAAGCCCUAUGAUCAGAUGUUUAUUACAGUUCAAUACGAUAGUUAAUUAUCAUAAUUAUUAUAUGAAUAACUAGAUUUUCUAAUGAAUGUUGUACGUCUGUGUUCAAUACAACGUUACUUUAAAGUUGUCCUAUUUAUACCGUCAUAUUUUUUAUCAUAUAUACUCAAAAACCCAAUUUCAAUGUUUUUUCUUUAGUGUCUUGCUGAGCUUUGAAUCUCAAUUUGAAAAUGCCAGUUUUGUUCUAUUUAAUUAUAUGAAUUUACAUUCAAACAAGUGACUCAGUUUCAUUUAAGUUUAAGUGAAGUCAAGAAAAAGUCCAAGGUUCACAAGACACCCUCAAUGGCUGCCAACUGCCAUCUUACAUUCAUGUAUUUUGGACUUAAUUAAUCACCGGCAAUGAGCCACUCAAGAACAAUGUUACAGUUCUUGUAUUUAACAUUCCGUGUCAACAAACCAAUAAUCCUACCACAGCUUUUAGCAUUUUGUAAAAACUGAUUCAACUGAUUUAUCUCUUUUUCUUCAUUACACAAAAAUGAAAACCAAGAUUUGGCAGAAAGGGGCUACUAUACCAGCAGCAAAAAAAAAAAAGAAAAAAAAAAAAGAGAUUGAUUUAAAGAUUUGCUUAAAAAACAAAUUCUGGGAAUUUGCCAUUCCCAUAUUCUCCCUUUUAGAGUUCUAAUUCUAGCUGGUUUCAUUAGCUGCCCGCUUCAACACCACACCAGAUGGUAUCAUAAUAAUGUAAAAGCACACUUGAGUGCAGCCACGGACUCUCCUCUGUUAAAUUAACUGCAGACUUUUGGACUUUCUGUUUUAGUGUGCUCCAGCUGUUGAAAAUGAAAUGUGAAUACUGUAUAC